GGAUUUAUGUAUGGAUCAACAAAAGGAGCAAUGAACGAAUUGACAAAGGAACUGGCAUGUGAAUGGGCAAAAUACAACAUCAGGACCAACUGUGUUGCUCCAUGGUUCAUUAGAACCCCACUUACCGAACCAGUUUUGAGUAGCAGUAAGUUCGUGGAAGCAGUAAUCUCUCGGACACCAAUGGGGAGACUUGGAGAACCAGAAGAGGUUGCCCAUUUGGUAGCAUUCCUUUGCCUUCCAGCAUCAUCUUUCAUAACGGGACAAAUUAUUUGUGCUGAUGGUGGGUUGACAGCAAAUGGGUUUUUCUUCCCAAGAUCCGACCUUUGAAAACUAAACUAGAUAAUU